UUUUCUGGUACCUUUCUUCAUUAUUUAUUCCAUGACACCAAGAACAAUACUGUUGGCGUUGAUCGUCAUCAGUCUUCUUGGUUUUUACGUUAUAUUAGAUUCAUUUAUUUACCACCAACGUGAUCCACCUGGUUGUCAAAUGUCAUAUUCUCGUCCCUCCUUUAUUCCCCUGCAAGUACCACAUGCAAGACUUACUGACAAGUAUUCUUUAUAUUUAUAUCGUGAAGGUGGUAUUGACUCUAACCAACUUCUUGGUGUUCCUACUCUCUUUAUCCCUGGUCAUGCUGGAAGUUACAAACAAGCUCGAUCGAUUGCUGCUGAAUCUGCCUAUUACUUGAAAAGUUUACCUCAAAGUGAUCAAAAGCACGGACUAGAUAUGUUUACUGUCGAUUUGAACGAAGAAUUCUCAGCACUCAGUGGCGGAUUAAUACAUGAUCAAGCAGAAUAUCUCAACGAUGCGAUUCAACAAAUAUUGACCUACUAUCGACCAAAGGAAUAUCAAGGUCAGACUGUACCUGAAUCUGUGAUUAUUGUAGGUCACAGUAUGGGCGGCAUUGUGGCUCGCGUGAUGCAGCAUCUUCCCAACUAUAUUAAAGGAUCGAUCAACACUAUAUUUACACUGGCAACACCUCAUAGCAUGCCACCUAUCAAUUUGGAUCCUAUUCUCGAUGAUAUUUACCGUACGUUUCUGACAAAACCAUUGAACAAUACUGCGUUAAUCUCUGUGGCAGGUGGUACUCAAGAUAGCACUGUGAAUUCUGAUGCAACUAUUCUCGAUACUUCUUCUUAUGGCUCUUUAACAGUGUUUACAACAGCUGUACCUAAAGCGUGGACUGGCUGUGAUCAUAUGGCUAUUCUUUGGUGUAAUCAACUUGUGACAAAAGUGGCGGCUUCUUUGGUUGAUAUUAUUGACGUGCAAUCAGCUUCUCAAACUGUGCCUAUGGAACAACGAAUGGAAAUAUUUCGAAAAUGGUUAUCUCCUACGAACGUUGUGACUGUAUCAUCAGCACCGACGUAUUUACUUCCAUCGACUGCAAGUACAUCAUACUUUGAUCAAUCAAAAUGGAACCUGUUGAAACUAAAAGAAGAACGACAAUAUAGAUUUACGCUGGAUCAAACUGAAGGACGGUUUGGCUUACUUUCGAACAUUCAAGAUCCCUUGCAUUUACACCUUGGAUUAUGCAAACGUGUCAUGGAUCACUUCAUCUGCUCUAGAAUUGAAUCAGGUUUCCAAUUACUACCCUCUAGAAAAGCAACAAAUCAAGCUUUUGACAGCAAUGCUUAUUUGCGAUUAUUGGUGUUGGAUCAUGCAUUAUGGAAGGAUUUCGAUUUACUGGUGAUGGAUUACAUGGAUGACCAUAUUACAACGACAGAAACAACAACGGACGGCAAUGAUCUUUUUGUAGCAACUGGGAUGUAUGCAGAAACGACAUGGAAGAAGGAUGAUAGGUCAAAAGACAUCUCACUUUUCGAUUUGACUAUUGGUGGGGGUAUUCAAUGGACAUUACAUCAUGAUACGCUGGCAUCUGUUUAUCAUUUCCCGGUUAUCGAUUCUUCACUCUUAUCAUUUAAACUACAUGUUACGAAAAGUCAACAAGUCUCAAAUACCUCAAUGACUACAUCAUUCUAUCAUAAACCAUUGAUUCAGCAGUACUUCUACGGCGAAUACAAGUUCCAUAUCAUUGACAAUGAAACACCUGCUGCACUCCACUUUCAUCGAUCACCAUUAUUCAACAAUAAUGAGACAGCAUCAAAUGGACUGGUAUUGACUGUAUGGACUAUAGAUGGCCAGGAUCUUCAGCUUCGACUCAUAUUGGAUUGGUAUGGUACUAUUGGGAAAUGUGUUCUUCGACUAGGUCCAGUGUUACCUAUGUAUCUAUUUGUGGUGGCGCUUUCUUAUUUGACGUAUAUCCUCUCUUGGUGUUCUUCUUCUUCUUCUUCUUCAGAUGAUACUGGACGACAUCGUUCCUAUGAUGUGGAAACAGGUCUGAUGAAUUGGAUGACGAAUAGAUCAAGAUACUCCUUAAGGAAUCUUUGUGCCUUUGUGAUGAUUAUAGAAUGUUUACAACAAGCUUGGAAAUCUGGUGGCAGUAAUUUGGAUGCAAGUUGGGUAUUGGGUGGAUCUUAUUCCUUACCAUUGUUUUUGUGGUGGCUUCCAUUAGCCCUUGUUCUUUUGGCAACUGGACUUUUUCUAUCUCUUUCUGUUGUUCUUUCUCUCGUUAUCUUUAUUCUACAGAAGAUCGUCCCUUCCAAAGCACAACCAUCAACCUUUUCUUCUUCCGUUGUCAUCAGUUUCUCUCUAUGGGUUGUAUUAUUUAGUUGUCUUGGUUGGUUACCUAUCUCUGUGGUAAUGGUGAUAGCUUAUAUACGAUGGUUAUUCUUAUGUAUCAAUACCUAUGCAUCAGCAAGAACUCAUAAUCAAUAUGAAGAUUGGCUCAGAUACAGAUAUCGCUUCUCGUUAUUGAUGCUAUUGACAACAUGGCUUCCUUAUUACCUUCCCGGUACAAUUAUCUAUAUACGUGAUAUGAUGGUAGGAUGGCACUUUGCGGCGACCUCAACAACACUUCUUAAUGAUUUGACGACUAUUUUUUCCCUGGUUAUACUAGCUCUAUUGGAAUAUUGUGAAUGGGUCUGGCGAACAAGGGCAAGCAUAUGGUUGAUCCAUUUGUCUCUUGAUGUCAUAUUAUUUUAUAUUUUAUUUGGUGUUCAACAUCCUUUUGCAAUUCAACAUACGAUUAGAUCAUUUACUGAUAGUAUUUUAUUACAGUAACCCUCAUAUACCAGCUGUACUCACCAAUACCUUGUUUUUUUUUUUGAAAUAAAUACAGUGAUUUUUUUUCUUUUCUUUUUUCG